AUGUCGACAAAAGCUUUUGAAUUUGCUGGUGCCAAGUUCGUCACCAACAACUAUGCUGCGAUUUUGUCCAAUGCUGAAGCCCCUAGCGAGUUUCAUCUCAUCCAAGAUUAUCUUGCCCACAGUGAGUUCAUGUAUGCACUCACUCAACCAGAGGUUAUUUCUCCGGCUCAAGUUCUGACUCUCUGGCGUUCAGCGAGAUAUAAUGAUGGUGGUGAACACGGAUCACCAUCCUUAACCUGUACUUAUGAGGGACAGGAGUAUCUUAUAACUCCUGAGACGGUUCGAAAGGCUCUUCACCUUCCAGAGCAUUCUAAGUAUCAUAGCUCUGUUUCUACUCAAACUCUGAAGGAUAUGAUGCAAAAGUUAGAGGAUGAGAAUACUGUUUACUUUGCUCGAUUUUGUCAGCUUAUUUUCUCAUACUGUUUUCCUCUGGUACCUAUUCCUGAUACUGAUACUCAACUACCUUUUAAAAUCACUAAACGAGCAUUCACUGAUUUGAUGAAAAAGGAUAGUAAGAAAGCCCAACUACCUGUUUUUGCUAUUCCUGUAACUGUACAGGAUAAAUUGAAGCAGGCAAUACCAGAGAAAUAUAGCUCCUUAUUCUCCGAUGAGAAUAUACCCUCCUCUUCACACCAGCAACAAACAGAUGUAUCAACCUCUGGUCCUUUCCAAGAAGGGCCAGUUGUAAAAUCUGACCACAAAUCCACCUCUGGUCCUUCCCAAAAAGGGCCAGUUGUAACAUCUUCACCUACCAGGGUGCUGAGAUCUUCAAAAUCACCAUCCAAACCAUCUCCUCCACCUAGGAAGAGAAGAUUUUUGCAGAAGAUCUCAGACUCUGACUCUGACAAUGAGCCAGUACCCCCUCCUCUUGUCUCCAGGCCCAGAAAGAAGAUCAAGCCCACCUCACCAAUCACUGAUUUAACAGUGGACCCUCCUCAAAAGUCAAUGAUUAAUCCUCUUGAGAUGGUCACAGUCUCUGAUCCUGUGAUGGUAGAACCAUUAUCUGCAGUACCUCUAUCAACUUCAUCAGAACAUACUACAGAAGCUGACAUUCCUAUGUCAGAAAAUAUUCCUGAGUCAAAGGAUCUUUUGCCACAACCUCCAGCAGCUGAUAUACCUUCUUCAGGAACUACUCCAGAAGAACAUGUGGCUACUCCAGAAGCACAUGUGCCUACUCCAGAAGAACAUGUGUCUACUCCUGAGAUUGCUCAGGAAAAUCUGAUUCCUGUUGAAGACUUUGUUGCAGCUCCUGAUCAGGAGAUCCUCAAUGCUGCAAACUCUGAGGAAGCUACAGCUCCUCUUGGUUCACAUACUAUCAGCAUCACAGCUCAUGAUGAUGAUGAUGAUACUGAAGUAAACUCUGUUCCACCUGUUGACUCAGGAUCCCUUAUAGCUGAAAUCUCUGCUCUGCUCAGAGAAAGCAUCUCAGUCAGGGAAGUUUCUCUAAUUCAAACAUUCUCUCCAGUCAGAGUUCCUUCACCUGUCAAAGUUCCUUCACCUGCCAAAGUUCCUUCACCUGUCAGAGAAUCUUCAUCAGCUCCUGAUUCUACAAUUCCUCACUCUGUGUCUACAAAGAGCAAGGUCUGUACAUUAACUUACUCCAGGAACAUGCACAGAGCCCCAUCCUCUUCUGUGGAAGCCAGGCUGUCUUCUAUUGAAUCCACUCAGAGAUCAAUGCAGCAAACUCUGGCUGAUUUAAGCUCCUCUGUGGCUCAGCUGGUACAAUUUCUCAACUCUAAUGCUUUGAACUCUAAUGAUGUCAAAAAGGGGGAGAAAGUGCUUAAAGACAAAUGCAAGGUUGAUCAGCAACAGAGAAAGCCAGAUGAUGAGGAGGAGGAUGAAGAAAAGAAGAAAGCUGAAAAGUCUGAAAAUACAAACUCUGACAUGGUCUUACACACUCAGACUGAGGGAAAUAGGAGAGAUAAGGUUGGAAGCAGCUCAACUACUCAAACUCAGACUACCAAAUCUCAACCUCUGAUACCAGCUGACAGUAAAUCAAGAGCUCUUUCUGAGCAACUAAUUGAGCUUGGUAAUCCUGAAUCUAAGAUUUUGAGUCACACAGUGAAGAUUCAGGGAGAGGAAACAACCUUAUUCUACAAAGCUCCUACACAACUGGAUUUUGAUGAAGCAGUUGCAAAGAAUAUAUUUGAACAAGAAAAUCCAGGGGUGUCAUUAGAAGAUAUUAGAAAAGAAGAAGAAAGGUUGGCUGCUGAGAAGAAGAAGAUCAGCAAAUCUAAGUCUGAUGAAAAGGAAGCUAAGAUUGAUGAAAAGAAAUCAAAGUCUGAUGGAAAGAAACAGAUCACUGAUUCCUCCUCAAAGAAAUUACCAUCUUCAAAAAGAAAAGGAAUAGUGAUCAGUGAAGUCAAUUAUGCUGAUAUCAAUAGGCCCAGAGUUUAUCAUAAGAAGUCUGACUCUGAUUCCAGUGGAAAAGGGAAAAAUAUCAUAAAUGGUGCUCCAUCUAAAAAGAAGGAUGAAUCAGAAGUAAAACAAACUCUUGCAACUAUUCCUGAGUCUAUUGAUCAGAAUUUAGCCUCUGACACUGCUCAAGCUAAAAAUAUGAAGGAAGAUCAGCUGAAGCCAGCUGAAGUAAAAGCUACCUGGAUAAAGUCAACCUCUGACAAGGCUCAAGUUGAUACAGUUGAACCAAAGAAGAAGAGCUUAUUUGGAAGCCUUGGUACAGGACAGUACAGGGAAAGCUCUUUAUUCACACAAAUCAGAAUUCAAGGAACAAAAGGAAAAGAAGCACGUGACACUACUGGUCUAGGUCACAGCCAAGAGAAAAUGCAGACCAGUGCAGCAACUGUCUUCAGAGAUCCAUAUCUUCUUACUGAAAAGGCUGGAGAAGUUGUUACACAGAAAGAUCUUGACAGAAUAGAGUCAGCACAAAUUCUGAUGGAUACUCAUGAUGGACCAGAAGAUAAGGAGAAAAUUGCUAUAUUUUUGGAGUCUGGCAGAGUUUACAGAAUUUCUGAAGCUGAUCUGUUGUUAAAGUCUCUAAGGGAACUUGAGCAUAUACAUUAUAUGCUUGAGAUAAAGAAUGAAGCAACCAAGAGAUGGUCUGAGAGGCUGAAGAGAACUAUCCAAAAAAAGAGAAGAUUUUAUGGGAUAAGUUCUGAUGCUGAAUAUGUUCCUAAGAUAACUCAAGAAGAUGGUUCAGAGAUAGAUAUGAUCAAAAAUAGCUCUGUCUUGGAGACUAUAGCAGGAACCAGAAUUUUGGGUUACAAUAAUGAAGCUGACAGACCAGGAGCUAUUCAAUUGGGAGAAGCUAUGAAAAGAUGCAAGGCAAGAGCCUUGAGAUCAGCUAUAUACCAGACAGGAGAAGACAAUGAAGAGUUAAAGACUGUCAAAGCUCAGAUGAUACAGACUCUGAAACAGAUUGAAGAAGAUUUGAUCACUCAGUUUGUCAAGGAGAGCUAUGGAUAUAGACUGAUUGGCUAG